AUCGAUGGGGGGGGGGGGUUGUCGUUGUUGCGUGUGGUGUUUAAAAUGUGUCGACCGUGCAUUUAAAAAAAAGGAUGCGUUAACUCGAGCGCAGCGAUAUACGCGGCUGUACUUGUAGUUAGUUGUAUGCGGAUGCUGACACGGUGGGUGGGCGAGCGAGCCGUCGUGCGUGAACCUCGGCACCACGCUGUGAGAAAACGUAGGCGUGACGUCAUCGCUCAAGCCGCGCUAUGACGUCAUUCUCGCGUGAACGUCUCGUUGCUGCGUGACGCAAUCGCAGAGUUUCCGGUGACGUCACUCGCGGAGGGUUUCCCAGACCCCGAGGCCGCGAUGGCGUCCGUGGACGGCCGAGACACGCUGCUGGGGAUUUCGUGGCACGACAGCGCGUGGAUCCCCGUUCUCAACCCCGCCAAUGUCCUCGAUUACUUCUCCGAGCGCAGCAAUCCCUUCUACGACCGCACGUGCAACAACGAAGUCGUCAAGAUGCAGCGGCUCAGCCUGGAGCAACUCAACAACAUGACAGGCCUGGAGUACAUCUUACUGCAUACCCAGGAGCCGAUCCUGUAUAUAGUGCGCAAGCAGCACAGACACUCGCCCACACAGGUUACCCCAUUUGCGGAUUUCUAUAUCAUUGCGGGAGUGGUAUACCAGGCUCCUGACCUGGGCACGGUCAUAAACUCAAGAAUACUGUCCGCUGUCCACAACAUCCAGUCCGCAUUCGAUGAAACCCAAGCGUAUUCACGUUAUCACCCCUCCAAAGGUUAUUGGUGGAGGUUCAAAGACCAAGACUUCAAAGAAAAGUCAAAGCCAAAGGACAAGAAGGAUGAACCGAGCUCCUACUUCCAGAGACAGCGGGUGGACAUGCUGCUGUCCGAACUGUGCCAGAAAUUUCCACCUAAAUAUUACCAGCCAAAGCCUGGAGAGAAACCUCUUGCAGCCGAGCAAGUGAAGAAAGAGAGUGAGCCCGUGGCAGAAUCUGCCGUCAAGUCUGAAGACAAAGAAUCAGCCAAGGGCGGCGGCACGCAGUCUGGGGCGGCCACAAAGCCGCCUGCUGAGAAGCGGAGCCGUCUGGCAUAGGGGUGCAACAGACCCGCUUCCCAAACCCCAGCAUUGCUUCUUUGCGCCAAGGAUACCCUUAUGCGAUACGUUUACACAGCAGUUAGAUGGUGCUAUGCUAACUUUUACACUUUUUUUACAUUACAGGCUCUAUGCGUGUUUGCAAGUUAAAUAUGUAUAUACAGUGCAUACGUAAUGGGUGAUUGUCACCUUUGAGUGCUGCCAAUGCCAAGUACAGCAUUCGGUGUGAAGAGUGGUGUCAGUGAACCUCGACUGUCCCCAGCCAGUGCAAAUUGAUUUACAAUGCAAUAAUUCGAAUUCUGAUUUGGCUCACAAAAAAACUGUUGUAUAAUUCAAAGAGCGAUGGGGUUGUGGUUGAAUGUAAAUAUUCUCUCAUUUUUACUUGUUAUAAACAAAAUAUUAAAACGGCUUUACAGU